CGCGCUGUCUGCUUCCGGCUCGGAGCGCGGUGCUUCGGCAGUUCCGGAAUUUCUGUCCCAGUUUCCUAGGCGUCCUCCUUAGCGUCUUGCAUGGCCCCAGACUCGGGUCCUUGCCCAGAGGGGCCGCUAUUGAAGCUGCUGCCUGUCGAUGCCAGGGACCGGGGCACCCAGCGCUGCCGCCUGGGCCCGGCCGCCCUUCGUGCCAUCGGUGCGCGCUUGGGCUCGGCGGUGCGGGUCACGUUGCCGGGCGGCGGCUGUUGCUUGUGCACCGCGUGGCCGCGGCGGGAUGGGGCGGACGGCUUCGUGCAGCUGGACGCGCAAUGCGCGAGCCCCGGAGCAGCGGUGGCGGGGUCUGGCGGGAGCGGCCUGCACCUGGGCUGCCUGAGCGCGGUGCCCUGUCCGCCGCUGCGACGCGUGUCCGUGUGGCCCGUGCUGCGGGAGCGCGCGGGCGCGCCGGGGGACUCUGUGGUGCUGGAGGCCGCGCGCGAGCUGCUGAGGAACCGGCCGGUGUCCCGGGGCCUGGUGCUGGCCGCGCCCCCUGGGGCCCCGGGCCCGCUGGCCGCCUUGCACAUCGUGGGCGGGGCCCCCGAGCCGGACCCGGCGGGGCUGGUCACCGCGCGCACCUGCGUGGGCCUGGGUGCCGAGCCGCGGGUCGAGGAGGCACCGCCACCGGCCGAGGAGACACUGGGGGGCCUGGAGGAGGCGGUGGACGCGCUGCGCGAACUCCUGCUCCUGCCGCUGUGCUACCCGCGCGCACUAGCGGCGCUGGGCCUAGCCGUGCCCCGCGGGGUGCUGCUGGCCGGGCCGCCCGGCGUAGGGAAGACUCAGCUGGUGCGCGCAGUGGCGCGGGAGGCGGGCGCGCAGCUGCUGGCGGUGAGCGGCGCGGCGCUGCAGGGCGCGCGGCCCGGGGAGACUGAGGCGCGCGUGCGGCGCGUGUUUGAGCGCGCGCGGGAGCUGGCGGCGCGUGGCCCUAGCCUGCUGCUCCUGGACGAGUUGGAUGCGCUGUGUCCCCGGCGGGGCGGUGCACACCGCGCCCCCGAGAGCCGCGCGGUGGCACAGGUGCUGACGCUGCUGGACGGUUUCGGCGGUGACAGCGACGUGGUGGUAGUGGGAACCACCAACCGACCAGACGCGCUGGACCCGGCCUUGCGCAGACCCGGAAGGUUUGAACGCGAGGUUAUCAUCGGGGCUCCCACGCUGAAACAGAGAAAGGCAAUUCUGCAGGCAAUCACUGCAAAGAUGCCCACCUCCUCGGACAUGGAUUUGGACGCACUUGCAGAGAUGACGGUGGGCUACGUGGGCGCCGACCUGACUGCGCUGUGCCGGGAGGCCGCCAUGCACGCGCUGCUAGCCAUGGAGAAGCACCGAGAUGGUCCUGCCGUCACGCAGAAGGACUUCCUGAGUGCGCUGAGGAGGGUGCAGCCUUCAGCGUUGCGCAGCGCCAUUGGGCUGCUGGACGUCAGGCCUGUCGGCUGGGAGGAGAUCGGUGGCCUGGAAGACGUCAAACUCAAGCUGAAACAGAGCGUUGAGUGGCCCCUGAAGUUCCCGCAGGCCUUUGCCCGGAUGGGCCUGACGCCUCCCCGCGGCCUCCUGCUCCACGGGCCGCCUGGCUGCGCCAAGACCACCCUAGUGCGGGCCCUGGCCACCAGCUGCCACUGUGCCUUCCUGUCGCUGAGCGGAGCAGAGCUCUUCUCGCCUUUCGUCGGGGAUUCAGAAAAAGCCUUGGCCCAGGUGUUUCGGCAAGCGAGAGCGAACACACCAGCAGUCGUGUUUUUGGACGAGAUCGACUCCAUCUUGGGGUCCCGCUCGGGCGGCAGAGCGGGGUGCGGUGUGGAGGAGCGGCUGCUCUCUGUCCUCCUGACGGAGCUGGACGGAGUGGGACUGAAGCCCACAGAGAGAAGAGGAAGUAAAGCCGGCCCACAGGGAUUCGAGGAAGUUUCCAGUCGGAAUGUUAUGAUUGUUGCCGCCACAAACAGGCCGGACAUGCUAGACGACGCCUUGAUGCGCCCUGGGAGGCUGGACAGGGUCAUCUACAUCCCCCCUCCAGAUCAGGAGGGCAGACUUUCUAUUUUAAAAGUCUGUACACAGAACAUGCCGCUAGGGGCUGAUGUCUCCUUAGAGGACCUGGCCGCCAAGACCCAUCUCUUCUCUGGCGCUGACCUCAGGAACCUGUGCAGAGAGGCAGCCCUGCUGGCUCUGCAGGAGGAUGGGCUGGAUGCAUCCGUAGUGACUCGGCAGCACUUCCUGAAGUCUCUGGGGACUGUGACACCAUCCUUACGGCACACGGACCUGUCUCUGUAUGAAAACUUAUUCAGGAAAGAAGGCCCCGCCGCCUUGGAGGACAUCUAAGGGUGCCAUGGGUGUCCAGUCAUUCGUGCCGGUAGAGUGUGAAGGUGCCUGGAGAUUGUAACCUCACGCCUUCAGAGUUUGUGUUUAUAUUUUAGGUAAAUUAAAGAACAAAAAGCAAAUACAGCCUGUGCCCGAGGAGCUAAGGCUCACCUUAUUGCAAAAGGCAGGUUAAAAUACUGUCACAGCCAGGCGUGGAGGCGUACCCUGUGAUCCCAGCUCUUGAGAGGCUGAGGCAGGAGGAUCGCUGAGUUUGAGACCCAGCCUGGGCUACAGAGUGAGCUCAAGGCCAGCCUGAACUGCAUAGCGACACUCUUGUCUCAAAAAGACCAAAAAAAAACCAAACAAAAAAAAAACACCUCAAGUAGGAAUCAGGACGUGUAUUCACUGAUUUUUGUAAGGGUGACUGGUUUUGGUUGAUUGCUUUUUUUUGUAACCUUGAAAUAAUUUCAUAGUUAUAGAAAAGUUGCAAGAACAUUACAAAAAUCUGUCUAUUCCAGCUCACAGUCACCAGUUACGACAUUUUGUCAUUUGUUUUCUCUGUCUUUCGGAAGUCUCUAUCUGUCUGUCACACAGUAUUUUUUUAACAGUCUGAGAACAGGAGACAGGUGCAUUCUGAGUCUGAGAAGCGUGUCCUGAGGCAGUGUCAUCACCCAUGGGUGCCGUAGUAGUCUGCUUGCACACACUGAGCUGGCUACAGCGUCACAGGGUGCUGGGGUCCGAGGGAGCCAAGCAGUCACACCUGUCCCCGAGGCUGACCAGUACACCAGCGAGUGGUGUCCCUGGAGACUCUGAAUCAGGUGCUCUGUGUUCACUGUGUUGUAGUCGGCAGUCGGGGAAUGAGCGAUGGUGACAGCUUCUUCAUCCGUUGUCCCAGUGAUGUCCAGGUCAUCACGUUCUCCUGUCUCGGGUCCUAGGUCACGUGGAGUUGUCCUUAGCUUCUCAGCUUGGGACAGGUCCUGGGGGUUGGCUCCAGAGGGCUUAGACUAGUGAGCCAUUCUGUAGAACAGUGGUCCCCGGGUUUGUACAGCUCACACCUUUGAGGUCAUCCCUCAUUCAGGGUGCCCUUCAGGCCCUGUGACAGCAGGCAGACACUCAGGUACCAGCUGGGGGCCAGCAGGCUUCAAAAGAUCGAGAUGGGGCUGCAGCGGGGAUGGGGUGUUCCCGAACCCCACGGAGCUAGUCUUCAGUUUGCCCAGGUGCCCCCACUUGGACUUAAUCUCUCCUUUCAGUGCCAGGUCAUGCCAUGGCGUGGUUACCUAUUGGCAUAAAAUGUACCACAUCUUGAAAAGGAUCUUGUGUCUUUUUUAAAAUUUCACUUUGUACCAUUGCGGUUAUAUGUGCACCCAUGUUUACAGCAGCACAGUUUGUAACAGCUGAAUCUUGGAGUCCACCCACUGGCCCAUCAACUCGGGAAUGAAUAGAUAUUCUUUUAUACAAUGGAGUACUACUCAGCCAUAAAGAAAAGCAAGUGUGAGAGAUUUCGAGGUAAAUGGAUGCACCUUGAGACCAGACUCUGAAGUGAAGAAAAAUGGCACAUGUAAAUACUGCAUUGCUUCUCUGGUGAGAAACUGAAAUUGUAAGGAAGAACCAAAAUGUGUGAUAGAUGCUGUGAACCAGAAAAUGUUCGAAUGAGAAGGGGAACUAGAGAAGGGGAAAAAAAAUGAGAAAAAUAAAAAAUGAAAACAAAACCUUUUGAAUAAGGAAGGGAAGCUGUGUUGAAGGGAGGGGAGAGGAAUGAGAAAAGGUACCGUAUGCACAGGUACAAAUUCCCAAUGACGUGAUCAUUCUGUGCCUGAAAUUCUCCAAUAAAGUGAAUUUUUAACAA